CGCCUGCCGGUGGCAUUGUCGCGAAGGCUGGCGGGUGGAAACAUUUGACUGUCGAGGAGGGAAGUGGGGCUGUGGAAGUUUGUUGGAUCAGAGGGAUGGACCAAGCACAUUGUAGCCACACUGCCGACAGAGUCUUCCGAACGAGCAAUUAAAAAAAAGGGCAGAUCAUGUUGAAUUUGAUAGCAGGGUGACUGGUUCCCCCAGAAACUGGCGGUGUAAUCGUCUGGUUCUGUUGAGUCCUGCAAAGAUCUUGCUAUAGGUUCUUUAGAGUCCAGGAGCAGGCCCUGUGUGCCGCUAAUUCGGGUUUAAUUUCUGAGCCACCGCCGAGGACUUCAUAUAUUUUCUACAUUUAAAAAAAGAAAAUCGAGAGUUUUCAAACUGAGGAAUUUUUAGAAUGUCCCAGAGUUCUACAAUAGACGAAGUUUGCCAGUGGAACGAGGAGAUGUGCAGGACAAUGCUGAAAGCAGCUUUGCCUGAACUUAUCAGUAUAUACCAAUGUUGCGAGAGUGGUAGCAAACUAUUACGAUCAUUGAAGAUUCUUAUAGACAAGUUCUUGCCCCAUAUCAGGCUUUCUGAGAUAGAACAGACAUUUGCCUCUCAAGUGUUGCCCAAGGCAAUGACAUUGUUUGAUGAGCUUGCAAAUGAGGUAACACAACAUACAGGAGGGUUGUCCAGUCAGAACACAGGCUUGCAGGCAGCACUGAGGAACACUAUACAGUUCCAGAUACAGAUUUUGGAGAUUCUGGUGAACCUUGUGGAUCAUAUGUGCAAAUUUGAGGAGGCUCUAGUUUUGAAAAAUAUUCAUUCACUAUCGCUGGCUGUUAUUCACAUCCUCAAGAAUACCUUUUGUCACUGCAAGGAGAGCGAGACCUUGUACGGUGGUCGAUUGGACUUGGUUGCAGACAUAUUGCAGUCUUUAUUUAAGGAAGCUUAUUCCCUUCAAAAACAAUUCAUGGAAUUGUUGGAUCGUAUAGUUUUGGAAUCGGCAACCAGCACUGAUGAAGAUAUUGAAUCUAUGGUGACAGUGGUUCACAGUGUUUUGGAAAUUUGUUCGGUCAUUUCUAAGAUGGAUCAUGCUCUACAUGCUAACACAUGGAAGUUCCUUAUUAAAAUAAGUGUGAAGCACCGGGCAUUGCUUGAUGAUAAGCUGCCACAUGACAGACUUGUUGCUGGUCUUUGCGAAGACAUUCUGUAUUCGUUCAAUUCAUGCUUGCAUUUUGCUGAACAAAUGAUCCAGCCAGCGGUAGAGGGAAACACCAACAGUGUAGACUGCAAACUCUUCCAGAAGACCUUGAAGCUGUGCCGCUUUUUUACCAACACACUUGUACAUUAUGUAAAGGAAUUCACUGAUUUCCUCUCAACAUCUUGUCGUUUAUUGCACCACCUUUAUCUUCAAAUGUACUGUAAAUUCCCUCCGAGCAUAAAUGCACCAAUUUUACCUGAUGGAUCUUAUGACCAGAUUGCCUGCAUCGUUCCAGUUGCACUGGAUGCUCUUGUCUCACAGUUGAUGUCCUACAGGCCCUUUAUGGAGAUAGUGUUGCAAGAUAAUCUGGAUUUCUGCUCAGAGCUGGCCUUUCCACAAUGUUUAUUAUUACUUAACAUCAUGGACAAGCUUCCCUCGCAGUCGGAAGUGGUUCAAAGCCUCUGGUGUUCUGGUAACCAGAUUUCAGAAGAAAAGACUAGGUUACCUUUGCUCCAUUCAUUGUUUCUUAACUUCAAGCGGUGUCACGCAGAACUUUCUUUGCCAGCACAGUUACCAGGCGUGAUGAGUAAGGGACAGGCUCAGCAAAGUGUCAGUUUAUAUGAAUAUGUGUGCACUCAUUUAUGUUCUUUUAUCACAUCCAUUUCGGCGUCUUAUUUUCCAGAGUUGGAAUGCUCCUUAUUGGAUGCUGUGCUUAGUCCUUACGUAUUAACUGCUCUGUUGGCUUCAGAUACUUGGUGCUUUCUUGCACGGUAUGGAAGUGCAGAUCUUUGUGCUCAUCACGUCUCCCUCAUAGCUGACCUGGUGAAGUCUUGUUGUGGCGACUGUUUCCAGCUGUUCCAUUUGUCUUUACUCCUGCGGCGUUUGCUUUUCCUCAUGGCAGCGGAGCAUCAGGUUAUAUUUGUGAAGAGAUUUUCUCCAAAGGAGGCAAGCAAUUUAUUGCUAUGGCGUCAAGUUAGUAUUAAAGCUCUGGCCCCUGAGCUUCAAAGACCCAUUACUUCUGAUAUUAUCAGGGCAGCAAUUGACCAGUGCAGGAGAUGGCAAAGCAGCAAAUGUUCCUUGGGAGAACUGGAACAUGUGAAUGUUGCACUUGCUGCUUUGUUGGCUGUAUGUCACGCCCAAGGGGAAGGCUUGACCUCAGAGUUGCAGCUAGCAAUCACAGAAACACUCUGCCAGAUAUGGACAUUCCUCACUGUGGAACAGGUGUUAAGCCAGCACUGUGUUCAGCAGACAAUGGCUCUGGUCCUUUCUCUUGUUGCAAGCCUGAUUCGUGUUGUAGGUGCCGCAUUAAUUGCUCAGGUGGUAUUGUUUCUCAGUUUCCUUCUGCCCCUAAAUCCUCCUGAUCAUGUUCGUCUUGCUGCACUGGAAUUUUUGGGAUCCCUGGGGACCACUGUCAUAUCGCCAGAUGUUCAGGGUAUGGUACUUCCAAAGCUACCUUGUCUAUUUGGUUUACUUCUAGCUGACCAGUCCUGGCUAAUUCUUCAGCACGCAUUGCAAGGAUUUACACGGUUUGCUGAGGAAACUUGCCAUGAGGAAGUGGUUCCACGGAGUCUAGUGUCCGGGAAUACAAAGAGCAAAGUUGUAAGCUUUCUGAACAAGCAGGCAAUCACAACAGUUGAGUGCAAGGAAUUACGAAUAGAGAGGAUGAAACAAGAAAAUACUGCUCUCGAGGCACAUUUUAGUAGUCUAAGCCAAUGUGCCACGAAUGACACUGCAAUGCAGCCAUCUGCUAAGCGUGCCCGAAAGGAACCACAUGAGGAGCAGUAUGAGUCAGCCUUGGAAACAGCAGAAAAUGUUUUUAAAACAUUGCAGAAUUUGUUAAAACAGGAACCGACACCACACUGGGUAACAGUCCGUUUACAAGCCUUGCAGGAAACGAUCAUUGCUUUGAAUAGCAGCAAGCAAGAACCUAUGAAAAUUUAAAUAAGUUUCACCAUUCCUCCUCCACAGAAGGAAUGCGUGGUCCAUAGCUCUUCUGCCAGUUCUCCUAACGUCAAUUAACUUGUUUUUUAACCAGCUUUGAAAGAAGAAAGAAUGCAGAGUUAACACAGAAUGCACAGAGUAAAUUGCAUGAAAAUAAGUGGAGGAAUAAUUUGCAGUAUACUCUUAAUACUAAAAACAUUUUACUGUAACAAGACUUUGUUUGCUUUUCUACAACAGUAGUUUGAGGAAAAUAAAUUAUACAGCAAA